CUCUCUCUCUGCAAACAGCUGUGAGUGAAACAGUGUGCGGGAGGGCUCUUCGGAAGCAUACACACGAGCGGGACAAAAUGGGAGUAGAGAUCGAGACCAUAACCCCCGGCGAUGGGAGGACAUUUCCCAAAAAAGGACAGACAUGUGUGGUGCAUUAUGUUGGCUCUCUGACAGAUGGACGAAAGUUUGACUCUUCCCGUGACCGUGAAAAGCCAUUUAAGUUCAAGAUUGGUAAACAGGAAGUGAUCCGUGGCUGGGAGGAAGGUAUUGUGCAGAUGAGUGUGGGCCAACGCGCAAAGCUGACCUGUUCACCUGAUUUUGCCUACGGUAAUAAAGGCCAUCCUGGGAUUAUUCCCCCAAAUGCCACCCUCAUCUUCGAUGUGGAGCUUCUCAGUUUGGAGUGAUUUAAUGCUAUUCACUGCCUUUUGUUCAUUUUUCAUUACUUUAUAAAUGUUUUAAGUGUCAAAAGUUUAGGGUUACACUUUAUAUUGUUACACUGUAAUUAUACAUUUAAGUACUGAGUAAUAUUAAGAAACUAAAUAGGGUUAUGAUAAGUGUUACCAAGUUUAGUCUUAACAUUACUUAAUUAAAUAAGUUUCUCUUUUUGUCACGCUGUAUUUUUAGCCAUUUUUUUUAGAAGCAUCUUAUCUUAUUCAGAAUCUUACAGAUUUAGGCAUAUUAUAUAAAGAUCUGUGCUUAAUUUGAUCUAAAUCCACAUUUCUCCUUUUGCUUUGGUCACAUUACAUCUGAACUAAUUCUUAAACUGUUUUAUUUCAGUCCAGACUUCUUCCUGUAAUGAAUAAGCAAAUCACCAAAAACCUUGCAAUGUCCUUAAUCUUGAACAUGUUAAAUUGGCGACCAACGCACCGCACGUUGACAGGGUAACACGCUGAUCCGACAAAACUAUUGCCGUUGGUCGCCAUCUGUCGUGCAGUGUGAAUUGGCCUUUAGACUUCGUUUUCUCUUGUGACUUUUUCUCACACUGUGAUUGUUGUUGGCUUGAGACCAAGUUCAAAUUUUAUACCAAUAUUGGUGACUUUAUCCCUGAAUCGUAACCCCCCCACAAGAAAACCAUAAAUUUGCCUUGAAGAUGUUAUGUUUGAGAUAAUAUAAACAUUGAAAUAUUUGUUGCAUUGUUACUUUUUACAUUGAAUAAAUGAAUAAAUUACAAGUUCUAUUUUUUACAUUUAAAAAUACAGAAAGUAAUUUAAGUUAUUU